AUAAAACCCAGCUUCAGAGAUUUCUAGGAAGCUUAAAUUAUAUUUCUCCUUUUAUAAAAGACCUUGCUAAAGAUACUGCUCUUCUUUAUGAAAGAUUAAAGAAGAACCCUAAAGCUUGGACUGACAGUCAUACUGAAGUAGUCAAGAGAUUUAAACAAAAGGUUAAUAACCUUCCCUAUUUGACUCUCGCCAAUCCCACCUGGGCAAGGGUUGUGGAAACUGAUGCCUCUGAUAUUGGUUAUGGCGGGAUAUUAAAACAAUGUUCUCCAGUAGAUAAACAAGAAUAUCUUGUUCAGUUUUAUUCUGGUAAAUGGAAUGACUCCCAGAAGAAUUAUGCGACUGAAGCUAAAGAAAUGUUGCUAUUGUCAAAUGUGUUAUGA